GAUAAUUUCUCCCAUGCUUUGGAGGUGUAUUCUUUAUUCUUAAAUAAUCUUUUUGUGUUAUAUUAAUAAAUAGUAAAAUGUAGAUAUUAAAAAAUAAAAAUGAUAUUUUUUGUGUUAUAUUUGUCUAGAAUAUAAAAGUAGAUCUCAUAAGAAACAAAUAUGCACGUGUAUUAAAAAGUUCUCGAAAUUAUCCAAAAAAUAAUUACAAAUUAUGAUUUUUUUUUUUCUGAAAGAAGAAAAUCCCAAAUAUAAUUAUAUUCUGAUUUUGAUUUUGUCUGCUUCCAACAACACGUAGCUAGUUCCGACGAAUGAAGCUGGUCCCACUGAUCCCUGCAUUUAAAUUCUAGCCAAACCGCCGACGUAAAAGCUUCGGGGGAACAGAUUCGGCUCCUAGCGCUGGCGCUCUGCACUUCGUCUCGCCGUCCUAUCAAUAAAUCAAUUGACGAAUUUGUGAGACCAGUCGCCGGCGGCGGAGAAAAUGGGCGAAGAUUACGCCGGAGUGCUGGAAACGGCGGCAAUGCUGCGGCGAAUGAUCGAAGCAAUUGAGAAAAUUCCCUCCGCCUCCGACUUCUGCAACCCUUACAAUAAGCAAUUUUGCUGCCUCUCCAGGCAGAUAAAGCUUUUCACCCCAAUGCUGGAUGAGCUAUGGGACAGAAGUACUUCCAUUCCCGAUGAGGCCAUCAAAACCCUUGUCCCUCUCGCAGGGGCGAUCGCGGCCGCCGGGGAGCUGCUUCAGUUCGGGAAUCAAGGGAGCAAGAUUUAUAUGGUGCUUGAUAGGGACAGAACACUACAAAGGUUCAAAGACGUGAAUAUUCGCUUAGAGCAUGCUUUGGAUGUUAUCUCCUUCAAUAAACUCGGCAUAACAGUUGAAGUUAGAGAACAGGUGGAUCUUGUGCAUGGUCAGUUGAAAAGAGCAAAAGAUCCUGUUGAUGGCUCUGAUAUUGAUCUGUACAAUGACUUGUCAUCCAUUUACAAGAGCAUCGAUUCUAAUACUGACCCAGUCAUUCUUCGUAGAGUGGUAGAAAACUUACAGUUAUCGAACAUAUCUAACCUCACACAAGAAUCGGUAGCAUUACAUGAACUAGUUGUUCUCACUGGAGGUGCAGAUCCUGAACAGAGUCUGGAAAGGAUGUCUAUGUUGCUAAAGAAAAUGAAAGAUUUUGUACUCACACAGAAUCAUGAAAUGGAAAAUCGACCAAAUCCUAUUAUUCCUGUUUCAAAGUGGAGUUUUAGUACCCAUCUGAUCUUUAGGCUAUCCUCCUGUAAACUCGAGGACCAAUGCUCGGCUGCUGCGGAGCUCCGUCUUCUUGCUAAGAGGGGUUCUGCCUACCGGCGUUGCAUUGCCGAUGCCGGCGCCGUGCCGCUUUUAACGACUCUACUCUCUCAAUCGGAUCCGAACACACAGGAGCAUGCAAUUGCUGCUCUUCUAAACCUCUCUAUUGUUGAAGAUCAUAAGGAACUCAUAAUUUCUUCAGGUGCUCUCCCCAAAAUAGUUCAUGUGCUCAAGAAUGGCAGCAUGGAAGCACGCCAGAAUGCUGCAGCCACACUCUUCAGCCUCUCUUCUGUGGAUGAAAACAAGGUCUUGAUUGGCUGUGCAUCCGGUGCAAUUCCGGCCCUUGUUUCCCUUUUAAGUGAGGGCGGGGAACAGGGUAAGAGGGAUGCAGCAUCUGCAUUAUUCAACUUGUGCAUAUGCAAGAGAAACAAGAGCAAGGCAGUGAGAGCUGGGGUGGUUCCAACGCUAGUGAACCUCCUAAUGGAACCAGGAGGGUUAAUGAAAGAUAUGGCUCUUACAGUCCUUGCAAAUGUAUCUAGUCAUCCUAAGGGAAAGGUGGCAAUUCUCGCCGCAGUAACCGUAUCUAUGCUGGUGGAGCUUAUCAGAAGCAAAUCUUCUCGGAAUAGCGAAAAUGCAGCAUCAAUACUGCUUCAUUUAUGUGUCGGUGAGCAGCAACCAAUUUGUUUAGCUGAGGCUCAGGAAUGUGAGGCGAUACCUGCAUUGCAGGCUUUAGCCGUCAUUGGGACUGAUCGAGCGAAGAGGAAAGCUGUGCUACUGCUUGAAUACAUGAAAAUAUUUCGGGAUCAGCAGAUGCACGCUCUUUCUCAAACAAAGUUUCAUGCCAAUUCUUGUUGAGAUUUCAGAUUAUUAAGUCAACCAUUUGAUUCUUCAAAUUUAGUAGGGGAGAGUUUGAGCUCUGUUUGGAUGGUAGGAAUUUGAAUGAAGUGAAAUGAAGCAGUGGCUGCAAGACUGAAAUCAAUGGGCUGUGGACUCGAGAUUCAGCUAGAAAAUGGCUAAAUUUUACUUGUUUUCUUCACCUUCAUUCAAUCCAAAUGAAAUAAGUUACAAUGAGUAUUGUUAUUAUUUUCCUUGCAUUAGGAUUUGUCUAGUGAUUUAAGUGAAACCAGAGAACGGACUUUCCAGGAAGCUCUAUGUAUAAUUUGUAACUGCGGCAGUGAAUAAAGAACUUCUUUGUAUUUCAUUUUUGUUUUCUAUUCCAUCAAAUCAUAUAAUCUUUUUCUAUAAUUAUACUUUUUAAGGCUCCCAUUUUCUGAUCAGAUUCAAGGGAAGAAAAUUCCAUCAGGACCUGAAAAUAAUGACACUGUAAGACGCAUGCAAUGAAAAAGUGUAUUCAAUUUAAGAACAUCUUUGCAGUAAAGCAUAUCGAUCUGUUAUUCUUCGUCUUACUAUUAUUAUUAUUAUUGUGUAUAGGUCUUACUUCUGCCUCCAAAAAGCAACCUCUUCGUAAAGCAGGAGAUCAACUCUUUUAAAGAUCUUCUUGCAUUUAAGGGGUCUGAUUUAUGUUUUUUAAUCCUAAAUCAAUAACUUCGUAAAGCCAUGCAUCGUACAUCAUGAAAACAGUUCGUUUGAAUCAUGAAGAGUUUUCACGGGGAAAGCCCAUUCAAGGGAAGCUAUAAAUGAUGAUGAAUGUUUGCAUAAUAAUGCAUCAUGGAAUUCACUUUUGAUGCAGGAUCAGAAAUUACUAAUGUAAUUAUUAUAUAAGAACCACUUUACUUUUUUCUCUUUUUCUUCUUUUAACUUUUUUUUGACUCAAAAGCGCCCUUUCAGGUGGUCUCUAAAGAAUAUAAACUAGAUAUAUAUUAAGGAGAUUUGUAGAUUGGAAUAUUCGGUGGCGCCCAUCUCCUAUAGAACAGAUUCUUUAUCUUUUCUUUUUUGGCUGUUUCUCUGCCAGGUAGAUUGGAUAAUGGCCAAUUUAUAAAGCUAAAGCUAAAGCUGCAUCUCUCUCUCUCUCUUUACAAUAACUAUUAAGCCUUAAUGGCAGGAGAGAUUAUCGUGAUAGUCUAAAGUAGAUGUAAAAACACAUAUACGUUGUUACUGGAAUAUGAGUAUACAGUGAACUAAAGAAAUAUUAGCAUACAGUGAUCUUUAUGACAAUAUUUAGUAUGUUUAAUCUCCCUUCAGAUUUGACUGUUUAAAAUAUAAGUGACUAGAUCUAUCACAUAGAUUUUUUUUUUUGGAUUAAGAAUGAAUUUGAUUACUAAUAUAUCCUACCUAAAAAGUUUUAUGAGAGUUGAUGAUCGAAUGAUUCAUUCAUUCUAUUUAUGUCUUGCACCAGUCUUAAGCGUGUCCCAUCAUAAUUGAGAAAAAUUCAAGAUUAAUGAUUUCACAUGAUUUUACUAUAAGAAUAGUGUACAUUUGUGACCAACAAAAUAGUUGUGAUAAUAAAUGGAUAUUCUUAUGGAUCAGGCGGUUCCUCACAUGAUCACAUUUUUCAUUGACAAAAAGGUAAUUUGUGAUAUCUCAUAAUCGAUUGCAACAAUUGCUUUCACAGAAUUUUUUUUCACCAUAAAGAGUAAAGACCAUAAAAGGGCCUAAUAGCAUAGCAGUCGAAUAUUGUAGCGAUUGUUCAACAAUCAUACAACGAUCACUAACUUAAAGGAUGAUCAUGAAAUAUCGAUCCCUGGUAGUUGCAACAAGGAAUGAUUACAAACAAACAUAUGCGGCAAUUUUGAUAUUAGAACAUCUUGCACAAUAACAUUCAAUACAUCAAGUCAGCAGGACAUAAUUCACAAAACAAAUUAUAUGCAUUAAGCACAAAAUAAUUGUCGACUUCCACGAGAGCCAAGACCUUCAGAAAUUUUACUCAAAUCCCACUCAAAUCCUCACUGAAAUCCCGCUUACCUGCUAUUCAACGCCGUUUGCAUCUCCUCCCAUGAAUCCCGUGAGAUUGUCUCAAUUAUGUGUAUGCUUUCACUAUUAAGACAACGACGAGCGGAGCACUUGAAUUCCCUCCAAUCUUCAAGUACCUGUUCUCACACCCGUGAAAUCCCUUCAACGUCCAAUUGAUCCACGCAACCCUCACCCGUGCCCGUGUUGUGCCCGAUCUCGACCUCCAAUGCCAACUUAUUGCAGCCCCACAUCCGACCGAUCUAACACCACCAGCUCUCACAUGAAUCCUCCCCGCCUCCAGCCUCGUCUUCCACAAGCUGCAAACCAAUGAGCUCCCCAAGCCAAACUGGCCAGACUUCACAUUGACCUUAGUAAAAUUUCUCACAAGCAUACCCGAUCCCACGAUCCAGCCGACGCUGUCAACAACAGGCCGAUCCACUCAACCUACUCGACCCUGUGCCAACCUGCCUACAGAUUCGCAACCAUAUACUGUGACAAAUCCUUACCAUACUCAUCCGAUCGCUCAUUUCGAUUCGACGCCACCUACCACAACCUUCCAUUCGACUCCCAACAGCAGGCAGAAGACCUCCAGCCGAACCCCUAUCUUCCAAUUCCCUUCCCACAACCGCCAUCCACUCCAUAGCAAGAGCCCACAUUCCUUUGGUUCACUAUGCCGAACUCCACUUCAACCCUCACUGUAGCCUGCUCUACCCAUCUUUCUAACUCCCAACAGUAGCCAAAACACCUUUACCUCUCCACUGUAUUCUUUCACAAAUCUACCUCAUAGCCUCAAAUAACCAAAACCCAAAUUAAUCCCCUCCAAAUCUCUUCAACCUUCAUAACUAAAAUCCCUUAGCUAAACAACUCUUCAAACAGCCCUUUGCUACUGACUAAAAUCCUACAUCCAACUUGCCUACAACAAUCAUUUUUCCCAUCCCUCUCUAUUAAAGAAGUAAAAAAAAAAUAAAAAAAUAAAAAAAAGAAAGAAAAAUAUUUGCACAUUUUUCAUUGCCUUCAUCGUUGUCCCGACAACGCUAUACUCAUCAUCACCUCAUGAAGGUAUAAAUGAUUUCUCAAACUUAAGAUCCUCCAAAAUCCCACUUUAGGUGCUCACGGCACACCGGAAAAUCCCUUAAACAUGCUUUUCUAUAGCGUUGUGGGAGGAAACCUUAUGUGACGCUCACGGCGAGACGAGUAGGCCAUGAACACGCUUUUCCUAGCAUGACGGGGACAAUCCUAAGUGCACGUGUAUGUGCCUCCAUGCAUGCGGUGAAAAAGUUUGCAUUUCAAACAGGUACCUCUGAAGACCCAUACACGCCUUUCUUUGACAUGGUGAAAUUGAAAAUCACUGCUGUGGUAUCGCUCGACGACCAUACACAUCUUUCUUGAUGUGAUCGGCAUGCCAAAACUCUUAAAAUUUCCUCAAAAUGGGGGAGACGCCGGAAGACUGCUGAAUUUUUCAAUAAAACAGAGGAUCUAACUUGAACAAUGUGAACAGGAAACAGAACUUAAACUACUAAACAUGGAACUGAAGAUAAGUAAAUGUUCAAAGUAAAAAUGCACAUAAAUAGAAAAUUGCAACGAGCUAUUGAAUGAAUAAAGCACAUGUGGCGAAUGAAAUUUUCGACAUAAUUCACCUUCAAGUGGAAUACAAAAUUGAAGAGGAUGUGAUGAUAUGAAACCUCUAGCGAACACCAUGACUCACCAUGAUAUGAAACUCCAUGCAUGCGG